UCUCUCUUUCUGCUCUUUAGCUGUGGCCAGGAGGAGCCAACUUACUCAGCUCUGUGGGGAGACAACAAGGCCUUCGAUGAGGUCAUCAUAUCACCCGCCAUGCUCAAUGAGCACAUGCCGCACAUGGUGAUGGAGGGGCUCAACAAGGUUCUGGAGAACUACAACAAAGGGAAAACAGCUUUGCUCUCAGCAGCAAAGAUCAUGGUGAGCCCCACAGAAGUGGACUUGAACCCAGAGAGCAUGUUCGUGGAUACAUCAAAAACUCAGCAGCCGACACCUACAACCCACCACCGCAGGAACAGCAGUGUUCGACAAAAAACAUUGCUACGUUCGUGUGCCCAGUCUGAAAUAUCGCUGGAUGGUUUCGCUGAGUGCCCUCCUCCCCCAGUUCCUGUAGUGCUGCGUGGAGCACGGGAGCGCCUGACAGUGGAGCUGAGGGACCGCAAAGCACCUUUGGCUCUCAUGGAGAGUCUCUCAGACGCCGAAUCCCUCUACAGUCUGGAUUCCCGACGCUCCUCUGCUGCACUUAGGGGUUCACCGAUGCUGUGUGGCCUCCCGUUCUCUUUGGAUGCCCCGAUCCCCGAGGAGAACCCGUCUCUCAGCUCCCGCACUGAACUCCUGGCUGCCGACUGCCUCUGUCCGGACACACCAGAGCACAUGGGCCAGGUCGGGCCUUUCUUUACCCCAUUGGACUCCAGAUCCACCCCAGAGUACCCCAUGCGUCUGUCCCCCGCUACCCCCCGCAGCAGUGGACAUGAUUCCCCAGCUCUGCUAAACCAGAGCGACGCGGCUCAGCCUUUUCAGACGGAGCCUAACACCAGCCGAAAAAUGCUUCCUGAUGGGGACCACCAACAGAUGCCUGGUGUCUACGAUCCAGGGAGCACUCCUAACGCUCCCCUCAGCCCAAACAUUGACUCUAGAGAAAAUGAAGAUUGGGAGACGGCAGAUAAACAGUUUAGUGCGGGAUCCAGACCGGCAGCUUCUAGUCCUCCCCCCCAACUGUCCAAUGGAAACCCCAGCCAGGCGGUGCUGGAGUUCGCCCAGUACUUAGACUCUCUUUUCAGACUGGACGGCAGCUGCUCCCCGCCUCUGGAGCUAUCAGAUGGGGAGUCAGAGUCUGGCCGGGGCUCCUUUGGGCACGGGGAGUGUCUCGUAGAUGGACAGCUGUUGGAUGACAAACAACUUCUUGCCAGAGCAACAAUGGAGCCUAACUUAGUCCCCAAGCCUCCACGCACUUUUGCUGGAUCUGCUGACCCCUCCUCAGGCAUCUCUCUGUCCCCUUCCUUCCCUCUUUCGUCGUCUGAGGAGCUCAACGACCUUUCCCCAGGCGAGGGCGUCCUGCCAGCCAUGCACUCCCUACGAACAUCUAGCCCUUGCCACCUCCCUGAAGAGAACACACUCGCAUCCAUGGUGUAGUGUGCUCUGUCCUUUGCUCUAAAUGGAGAGGUGCAGUCAUCCAAAAUGUAAAACAUAUCACAGUACAAGCAUGCGAUGGAAUGCAGUCACUCAUUAGAGAUCCUAUGACAGAACUUGACUGACCAAUUCAAACAAUUGAGAGACUAUUCCCAUUUUUCAGGUGUUUAUAGCAUUUUCUCACAAUUGCAAUGACUAAGAAAAAAAGAUACCUCUCUGUAUGCCAGGGGGCUGUACUGCUAUUGGGUGAAUAUAAAUAACUGUAGCUUCACAAUGCCAUUCCAAAACAUAGGGACGCGUCAGCAUUACAUCAUUCCCCGAAAUAACAAAAUCAAAGGGAGAAUACUUAACUGAGCAGGGAUUCAAAAACUAACACUGUAGAAGAGGUUAGCAUAGGCACAUCACCUGGGUUGAUGUACUGUGCAACCUUCUGCACCCUCAGCCGCUCCGGAAACUUUAUCAGCUUUUAUUUCAUUUUAUUUUUUUCAUAUCAGGAAUGUGAAGAUGGACAUAUUCGUAAAUCAAUAGAAGUGAGAAGACAUUAUAAAAUGUUCCUCAGGUCUUUUAAAGCAUUGACUUUGAGAAAGAGAGUAAGUGUGUUACAUUGGUGAGAAUUCAUGUGUCUUAAGAAAUGUAGUGAUUGUGACAAAGUUAUUACAGACGCUUAUGGAUGUUUUUGAGUCAUUUGGUUAUUUUUAUUGUGCAUGAAGUUUUUUUAAAUUUAUUUAUUUUUAAAGAGAAAUUGUCAAUAAGCCACUUAGAUUGACAUUUGGAUACUCUUGCACACUUCAAACAGCUCAAUUGUACCCCCCUUUGCCAAAAAGUUAAUACAUUAUAUUGCCAAAUGUAUUUAUGAGAUGUAGUUUUGUAUAUGUAUAUGGAUAUUGCUUUAUUGAAACUGAAGAGUAAUUAAUUAUCUCCUUCCCAUUCUGUUGGUUCCCAUGUAGACUGUUACAAAGCAACACCACAGAAAAGAUGCCAUCCUGACCUUAACACUGCCGUGGCUUUCAUUUGGAAAACAUAGCCUGUGAACCUGGGUUUGAAACAAUAAUGAACUUAUACAGUUAGUCGUCUUAUGUACCUUACUCUUUGCAGAGCUCUUAGCAAAGUGCCCAGGUCAGGGUCUGCAUGCUUUAUGCACUUCAGAGUAGCAUGCCUGAAAUAGAACAAAUCUUAUCAUUAAAUCACAGUAGAUAGAUACGCUCUAAACAUGACCAGAAAUGAAGACAAAUGUCAAUUCAAACAUUCAAAAAAAGCUUAUGAAAGGCAUGGUUUACCAUACAGGACCAAACUGUGUUUUUCAAUCACAGGAUAUCAUCUCUCUUGUUCUCAAGGUGCUCUGUCAUCCUCGACGUCAAGGUGUUUUUAUUUAAUGUGGUUCAUCUGCAUCACCCCUGAGGCUGGACUACAUGAAUGGCUUCCAACAUUGAGUUUGCCAAUGAUAAACACUGUACUUGGCAUUCGAUCCUCCAUAUCACUUUGGAUGUAACAGGUGGCUAACAAUUUGCAUUAUUUAUUACCGUCAAUGUUUUUAUCACUUUUAUUGCUAUAUUUGAUGGUAUUAUUAUCCUUAUUGCUCUUGCAACAGAUUGGUUUGAUGUCAGUGGUUUUUAUCUUAGUUUUUUGGGACAGUGUGGGUAACUUUUUAGACUUCCCCAAACGUAAGGAGUUAUAUAUUAUCGCUUUUUUUCUGUCCGAGUGGAAAAGUAUUUGACAGUCUGCCAUGGCAUCGUGACAAUAUUCUCUUUUUACAAAUGUUUCAUAGUAGUGAUACACGCUGCAGGCGGACGGCCUACUUACAGUCACCUCCGCAGCAACACCAUCACGCCUGGAGUCACCAUAAUGAUCUGCACAAUCUCUAUUUGGAUUAAGAUUUGCAGUGAUUACCCACAGUUAACAGUUUCAGACAGUUUACAGUCUGACACUACUCGCAUCAUUCUGCCAGUCCCAGUAGACUCUUACCAAGGUUGGACCAGCAAUUUCCUACAGUCAGUAAGCUUUGCUUGCAGCCUGUCAUACACUAAAACACUGCUGAAAGAAAGCACUAUAAUACUUUCCACCAUGAUGUGUACAGCACCAUGUUCUAUGUGUAAUUAUGUAUGCAGAUGUUUAAAAAAAAAGAUGAAUUCCAAUAGAAUCAUGUAGAAAACAACUAUAUAACAAUAAGGAGAUAAUGAGUAUAUUAAAAGAUAUCAGUAUUGACGUGUAGAGAAAGAAAUGUUCAUCUGAAAGUUAUUUAUUCAAACUAUUGGCAGAUUUACAAAUUGGUCUAUAUUGAAAGAAGAAUAAUUCAACUAUGUCUUGUCCAUGUUUACCUGGUUUGCUUCCCCUCCUUCCUGCCCCACAAUGAGAAUGUAUUGAAUCCCUCCCCCACACUGCCCUGCCUGUAAUGGAAUAAACUACAAACCAUGAAAAUAACAAGGAUGUUCUGUCAUAU